UCUCUGCUCACCCGAUAUGAGAAUAGCAACAAAGAGAAUCUUGUCACCCUUGUAAAUAAAUCACCCAGCUGGAAUGAGCAAACGCAGUCGUAUGUGCUCAAUUUCCAUGGCCGAGUUACUCAGGCAUCUGUGAAAAACUUUCAAAUUGUCCAUCCAGAUAAUGUGGACUACAUUGUGAUGCAGUUUGGGCGGGUAGCAGAAGAUGUGUUUUCCAUGGACUACAGCUUUCCCAUGUGUGCUCUACAGGCAUUUGCCAUCACUCUGUCUUCCUUUGACGGCAAACUGGCCUGUGAAUGAGCUUCAUUCAUCUGUAUUUUCUGUUCUUUGAAAAAGGGAAACUUUGCAUUAAUUUAAGAUUUGAAAUGUUCUUGCAGUCAUAAAUGAAUGAACUUUAGAUUUUAACUGUUAUCCACAAAUGGAUAAUUUAUCUGUUUUACUAAUUAUGAAUCUACAAUUAGACAUACAAUGUAUGAAUUUCCUACAUAUUUUUUCUCUUUUUAAUUGCUAAAUAUAAUUGUCUGUUUUCCAAGGCUGUUUAAGCAAAUAAUUUUGUUAGAUAUUUUCUUUUCAUUUCCUUUGUUUACAUGAAAAAAGCUAUUGGUCUUAUAUACGUUUAUAUUAUACAGUCACUUUUCAUAAAGUUACAUUCACCAACUUACAGACCUUCAUUAUUCUUUGCAUUUGAGAUCCGUGUGGAAUACUAUAUUUCGCCAUAGUGAAUUAAUGUAAACAUGCAUAUCUGUCCAGCGGGGGGCAGUAAAAGCCUUGAUCGUUUUUCAUAAUUCCGCAAACUAAAACAGAAGAAGAAAGGGACAAAUUCGUAUAUAACUACAUCGCCCCAUUUUGAUCUCUCAGCAUAACUGAAGUUGAUCCGUAUUAUUUAUAUAUUAUCAUUCAGGCACCUCACAGCGCCCAUCAGCAAUCUCUGAAAGUUAUUUGUGGAAGCUGGCUGGCGUGAAAUGUGACUUAGAAUGGAAACUCCCUCUUUUAGGUUUUGAGUUUGCAGACAGAUGUGCUACGUCUCUUAAGACAGGAACUUUUCAUCCGAGUUGGAUAUAAGAUACAUCGAGAAUGCGGGACCGGACCAAAGAGCUGGGCAAUAUUGCUGAUGCCUCAGAUGAAGAUGAAGAAAGCACAGCUCUCAUGAUAAAGCCUGGAUCUGGGAGCUCAGCAAAUGAAGAGAAAGAAAAUGAAGCUGUCUUUAAAAAGGUUCAGGAGAUUCAAGAGGGACUUGAAACUAUUAAAAGGAAGGUGUCUGAACUGGAGAACAAACAGAAAACUGUGUUAGGAGUUGCACUUCCAGAAGAAAGUAUGAAAAAGGAACUGCAGUCCCUCAGAGAAGACAUCAAAGUCAUGGCCAGCCAGAUCCAAAAGAAGUUAAAAAGCAUUGAACCUAAGAAAGCUGAAGGUGAAGAGAAAUAUAUUUCAAUAAAUGUUAGAAUGCGGAGAAUUCAGCAUGGUGUUUUGUCCCGUGAAUUUCUGGAAGUGAUGGGUCACUGUAAUACAAUUCAAGCCCAAUACAGAGACAGAAAUGUGGAGAGGAUACACAGACAACUCAAAAUCACUGGUAACAAUGUGACAGAUGAGGAGCUGGAAUCAAUGCUUGAGAGUGGACAAACAGAUGUUUUCACGCAAAAUAUUUUGAACGAUGCUAAAGCUACCAGACAGGCUCUGAACGAGAUCGAGUCACGGCAUGAUGAGAUCAUCAAGCUAGAGAAAAGCAUUAAAGAGCUACAUGACAUGUUUCAGUACCUUGCAAUGGAGGUUGAAGCACAGGGUGAAAUGGUGGACAGGAUUGAGGAGAACAUUAAGAGUUCCCAUAACUAUGUGGAAAAGGCUGUUGCUGACACAGCUGCUGCGGUAGUAACUUCAAAAAAAGUGCGCAAAGUGAAAAAAAUUAUGGAUUGCAUUAUGUCUUGCUAUUUUGCUUGUAAUAAUAGCCAUUAUUGUGGCUGUCAGUUUCAUUUGAGUUUUCCUUUUAUUAGACUUUUUUUUUUGCCCAUCAAGCACUGGGUUUUGUUUUCCUAAACUGUCUGCCUUGAAGUCCCUUUGGCAAGCUACAUCUUUGGUAGCUACAUGUGCUUAAAUUUUAAAUCUGUUGUUUUAGUUGCUUUGUCCUACAAAGGACAUGAUUUAGAUUUCCUGAAAAUGUAUCUGCUGCACCACUUGGACAUUUAAAAAGUUACAUGGUAAAAACGGUUUGAAUUAAUUGAUUACUUUAUUGACUGUAUAUUCUAGAUGGUGUACUUCAUUUGCAGAAACCAACACUAAAACAUGGUCAUAUAGGGUAGAUGAAGAAAAAUACGAUUCCUAAUAUAUAACGCUUCCAUUUGGAGACAAGCUCAAGAACUCUUGAGUGAUGGGCCGUUUGUCUUUGACGUAAUAUGUUUAGAAGAUGUCUUUUGUGUUAUCUGUUGUGAUUUAUCUUUUUGUAAUGCCAUUUCAAACUUGAAAUUUGAGGAAAUAGCAUUCGAGGUCAUUUGUGUAUAUAUAAAAACUAAUUUUGUACUCCGCUUUGCAUUAUAGUAACUACCUUUCAAAAUACAACUUCUCUUGUUCUCACAAUGACAUGUUGCAUACUUAUGUAUAUUUGAACUCAUCUGUGCUCUGUCCCAGUUAAGACAUGCAUUUUUAAGAAAUGAUUAUGUACAGUUACUUGUUUAGUCCCUCAACCGUGGUGCCUUAAGCAGUAACUUGGUUGCCCACUGUGUGGCACUAUAAAUGUCAAGAUCACCAAGAGUGCAGUUUAUCUGGUUUCAGUUUGCAGCCUGUACUGCCAUACAUUUCUUUCUGGUGUAAAAUUGUAAUUUU